AGCGGCACAGAGAUGGCACUCUUUUACUCAACAGUAGAUUAUGGCUUUAAUGACGAAGACCACGAUCAUAAUAUAACAAUGAGCCCGACAGCGUACAUGUACGACUACCAUGUGCCGAUGGAACCUGAAGAGCUGCCCAUGUCCCAUGUCUACAUUCCUGUGCUGUACUUCAUCAUGUUUUUUGCUGGCUUCUCAGGAAAUUUGUUUGUCAUCAUGGUCAUAGGCAGUCGGCGUAAGAGAAGUGGACGUCUUGUGGACACCUUUGUGCUGAACCUGGCAUUAGCUGAUCUUAUUUUCGUCUUGACCUUGCCGCUUUGGGCCGUCUCGGCUAGUCUUCAUUUCCAGUGGCCCUUCGGAGAGCCCCUGUGCAAGAUCAGCAGCUUCAUCAUUGCUGUCAAUCGCUUUUCCAACAUCUUCUUUCUCACUUGCAUGAGCGUGGAUCGCUAUCUGGCUGUAGUGCGCUUAAUGGACUCAAACUUCCUCAGGAGCAGCAGCUGUGUGCAGCUCACCUGUGGAAUUGUGUGGAUCAUUUCUUUUCUCCUGGGAAUUCCGUCUUUGGUGUAUCGUGGACUGAUUGGCAAUUUAUGUUCUGAAGACCCCAAAUCUUCUUUUGUCCAGGGAAUGAAUCUUCUUACCAUAUUUCUGACGUUUCUGCUACCUGUUCUGAUUCUAGGCCUUUGUUAUGGGUCAAUUUUGGUGAACCUGCGCCGUCAUUAUCACUCAGCCGCAAACUCUCGUGCAGGAGCCAGACGACGGCACUCCCUUAAGAUUGUGUUUACUAUAAUUUCAGCUUUUCUGAUCUCCUGGCUUCCUUUUAAUGUGCUCAAGAGCAUCCACGUUAUCUCACUGAUCAGCUCAGGAGAGGUCAGUCUGGACACAGAGGUGUAUUUAUAUAAUGGGCUCACAUUGUCCUGCUGUCUGGCAUUUCUCAACAGUUGUGUAAAUCCGGCCAUCUACUUGUUCCUGGAUCAGCAUUUCAGACGUCGAGCCUAUGUCCUGUGUCAGACCUGCUUGGGUCAAGGUGAUCAGCAUCAAAGCUAUAUCUCCUCUAAUUCUCUCUCUAACGGCACCUGUGAAAGCUUCUCGGGAAAUACAUCUACCCGUGGGCGCCUUUUUUCACUUACUCAAAAGAACUGAACUUUCAGUCCUAAAUUUCAGUUUUUAAAUGCUUUCUUUCUUUAUAAAUGUAAUUAUCAGCUGAAACCAAGAGUACUUAAAAAGCUUAAGUAUAUAUUAUUUCUAGCAGAUUUGUAUUUGCAACAUUUAGAACUGAUAUUAAUAUUCAAUGCAUUUAUAAUAGAAUUUGGAUUUUUUCAUAUAUAACCCUGUUUGUGAAAUCCAGGCUAAAGUCUCAUAUUUAAUUAUGAGAUUAGGAGCAUCAAAAUUAUUUUAAAUUAUUGUUUUGAUGGUAUGACCUUACUCGGUAAGGAUGCUUUUAUGUAGAAAACUGUGCACAUGACAAUUACUUUUAAGCUAGGUUUUCACAGUAUGGGUCAUGUAUUAUAAAAUCUAUUUUUUAUAUACUGUAUUAUAACAGCAUUACUUACAAUUCUAUA